AUGUCCACUGAAGCUGUGUCGGUAACAUUGGAGGAGCUCAACAAUGGGCUUGAUUUUGAAACCUUGAAUAAGGCAUUUGGUCCUGAUUCCCUUGGAAUUAUCAUAGUGAAGGAUUUGCCAGACCAUUUCCAACUGUUGAGAUUGAAGGUGCUUGAAAGCAUCUCGGUUCUUGCAAAUUUGCCUGAAGAUGAGUUGAAGAAGCUCGAACUGCCCGAGUCCAUGUGGCUUACAGGCUGGUCUUGUGGGAAAGAGGUCUUGAGCUCUACAGGCGAGCCAGAUUUUAACAAGGGAUCCUACUACGUGAAUUGUGCUUUCUACAAGAAGGACGAACUCGAAGGACCAGAACCGCGUCUUGCUGAAAAAUUUAAAGACUUCCAAACCUACGUACUGCCUAAUAUCUGGCCACCGGAGACUAUCGAUCGUUUGCAGAAUUUCAAAACCGACUGCAAGGACUUGAUCAAGCUCAUCAUCAGCACGGCAGCGAAGGUUGCAAAGAACUGCGAUAGCUAUAUCAGCGUGCAUGCCGAAACCUACGAGAAGAACUUCUUACAGAGAAUCAUCAAGGAAUCUACUUGUACCAAGGCUCGCUUGCUUCACUAUUUCCCAAAUGUGGGAGAUAAAACAGGAAACUCCGAUGACUGGUGUGGAGAACAUCUUGACCACUCAUGUCUCACUGGUUUGACCUCUGCGCUCUUCCUUGAUGAGUCCAAAGACAAACCUGAGAGCUUGGAUAAGCUGCCAGAUCCAGAGGCUGGCUUGUAUAUCAAGAACAGACAGGGUGAAGUGCAAAAAGUGAACAUUCCAAAAGACUGUCUUGCAUUCCAAAGUGGACAGGCCCUUCAAGAGAUCUCAAAGGGGUUCUUCAAAGCCGUGCCACACUACGUGCAAGGUACCAGUAUCCCGCACAUUGCUAGAAACACGCUAGCAGUAUUCUGCCAGCCUGAUUUGGACGAAAUGGUUAAUGAUACGGAGAAUUUUGCCCAGUUCGCCCAGAGGAUUGUGACUGGGAACCAUUAG